GGGAGCAGCGGCGGCGGCGGCGGCUCCGCCAUGGGGCGCCCGGUGCUGCUCGCCGCUGCCGCCGCGCUGCUCCUGCUGGGGACCGGCAUCGGGGCCGCCGUCACCCGCCUGCGGGUCUCCGCCAACUUCGAGUGCCGGGCCACCGCCGACAGCACACUGAGCCGUCCCCGCUGCCGCCGCCUAGCCCGGACCGGGCCGCCCCCGCUGAAGCCGCCCGCCCUGGCGCUGAGCCGGGCCCGCCUGUGCCUGCCCUCGCAGCCCUGCCAGCCCUGCCUGCGGGUGCGCCUGGCCCUGCCCGCCGCAGGGCUCGGUGGCGUCCGUGGGCUGCAGCUCAACUUCUUGGAGCUGGGCUCCAACCGCGCCGGCUGGCUGCAGGUGUGGCGGCAGCAGCAGACGCCGGGCAGCUCGCCGUGGCAGGUGCAGUUCGACUGCUUCCCGGCGGAGAGCGGGCGGCAGGUCGUCGUCUCCCUCCGCACCAUCCCUGACCAAGGUCUGGCCAUCAGCCGCAGCCACCUGCUUGCCGCCGAGCUGCCCGGUCCUGUCUUCACCCAUACCUGGGUCCCUGAGGAGCGGGCCAUCGAGGUGUGGGUGCCCGAGGGCCCUGCCCUGAUGGUGCGGCUGUGCCACCAGCUGGCCCUGGAGUGUGAGGAGCUGCCCCGGCCCUUCCACCGGCAGGUGCUGGUGCCGGGGGGCCACCGUGUCUCACUGCCAUACGAGUUCCUGGUGCCUUGCCUGUGCGUCGAGGCCUCCUACCCCCACCACGACAGCCCACGCAGCAAGCACUGCCCCUUCCGUGACCAGCCGGCCACCUAUGGCCCUGAGCUGUGGUCCUCGGUGCGCUUCCACGACUACAGCGCCAGCAGCAAGGACCAGAUGGCGAUGGUGCUGAGUGCCAGCUGCCCCCUGCACCCCCGGGCCACCCUGUGCUGGAGGGAGGCAGCAGACGAGACUGCACCCUGCCACGACAUCCCCAACUCCACGGCCAGCGAGGAGGAGCAGGCAUACACACUGGACAAGGUGGACGUGCACCCCCAGCUCUGCUUUCGGUUCUCCUACGGGAACAGCAGCCACGUGGAGUGUCCCCACCAUCAAGAGACCGCCUGGAAUGUCUCGAUGAGCACCUGGGGGCUGCAGCUGCGCCUGCGCCUCACCUCCAGCAUCCCCGCGGCCUUCAGCGCAACUCUCUGCCAGCGCCGGGGCGGGCAGUGUGAGCCCGAGGCCCCCCUCUACACCGUCACACAGCUGGAGGGCUCUGCCCCAGGGGAGCUGGCGCUGCUGCUGCCGGUGCAGGUCCUGGGCAGCUGCGUGCUGGUGUGGCGCUCGGACGUGCGCUUUGCUCGGAAGCAGCUGCUCUGUCCUGACAUCUCCCGCAGGCACUUUGGGCUGCUAGGGCUGGCACUGGUGCUAGGACUGGUGGUGACCGUGCUGCUCCUCAACUGCCGCGGCACCUGGAGGCCGGUUGAUGGUGCCCCAGGCGGGCGCCCGGUGCUGCUGCUGUACUCGCCGGACUCGGAGGAGCACCUGGGGCUGGUGUGUGCCCUGGCUGAGCGGCUGCGCAGGGGGCUGGGCUGUGACGUGCGCCUGGACCUGUGGGAAGCGGGGUGCGUGGGGCGCACAGGUGCCCUGCCCUGGCUCUACGCCCAGCGGGGCCGCGUGGGCCGCCAGCGCGGCACCGUCCUCCUCCUCUGGAGCCGGGGCAGCACUCAGCUUUUCCGCCGGUGGCGGGUUGGGGCGGCCGGUGGCGUCCCCGGGGAUGCCCAUGAUGUCUUUGGGGCAGCCAUGGCCUGCCUGCAUGGGGAGCUGGGGGCCGGGGGCCGUGGCGGUGGCUGGGUGCUGGCCUACUUCAGCCGGCUCUGCAGCCCCCGCGACGUUCCCCGGCCCCUCCGUCCCCUGCCCACCUACCGCCUGCCCCAGCAGCUGCCCGGGUUGCUGGGUGCCCUGCGGGGCAGCCCCCCGGCCCGCCGCCGCUGCCGCCGGGGCAGAGCAGAAGGGCUCCUGCACCAGCUGCUGGAGGCGGGGGCCGGGGAGGGCAGCCCCCCACCCCGGGACCCCGGAGCGGCUGCUGACACCUGAGCACCCACGCCGGGGCUGAGAUGGGUGUUGCUGGGGGCAGCCCCCCGGUGAGGGCAGGGGGCCCCGUCAUGGAGGUCGGCUGAACGUGCUGGCUGUGGCAGCAGGAGGGGGUGCCGUGGGUUGCCCGUGGGGUGCCCCAGGCAGGGGCCGUGGGUGCUGCGGGGGGCCUGAGCUGGGCUGGCCCCGGCCACGGGACGUGCCGCAGGGGCCAGAGUCCAGCCUGUUCCCCGGGGCCGGGAGCGGAGGGGCUGUCCCGGACAGGGGCAGCCUUAUUUCCAC